GCACAGCGCACACAGCCCCGGCCUGGGCACCCGCUCCCGCUCGCGGCUCCAGGCGGAGUGGGCGGCGCCGCGCCAGGGGGUCCCCGGCGCCCAUUGCUCCCGCCGCCCGGUUGCGCGGACCGGCGCUAGUGCGCGGGUGGGGGCGGCGCGCCGCGGUGGCCCGGCGUCCCGUGUGCGUCCCGUGUGCGCCCCGCGGGGGCGCGGCCAGCGCCGGAGUAGAUACCUGUCCCGCCCGCCGCGGCCAGCAGCCUCGGAGGAAGCCAGGGCAAAGAGGGCCGGCGGAGACCAGGUCCGCGCCGGAGGAAGCCGCGCCCGGCCGAGGCCCCGGACCCUGCGCCCCGAGCUCCACGGCACCAUGGCCCCGAAGCUGCUGCUCCUCCUCUGCCUGUUCUCGGGCUUGCACGCGCGGUCCAGAAAGGUGGAAGAGGAUGAAUAUGAAGAUUCAUCAUCAAACCAAAAGUGGGUCUUGGCUCCAAAAUCCCAAGACACCGACGUGACUCUUAUUCUCAACAAGUUGCUAAGAGAAUAUGAUAAAAAGCUGAGGCCAGAUAUUGGAAUAAAACCGACCGUAAUUGACGUUGACAUUUAUGUUAACAGCAUUGGUCCUGUGUCAUCAAUAAACAUGGAAUACCAAAUUGACAUAUUUUUUGCUCAGACCUGGACAGAUAGUCGCCUUCGAUUCAACAGCACAAUGAAAAUUCUUACUCUGAACAGUAACAUGGUGGGGUUAAUCUGGAUCCCAGACACCAUCUUCCGCAAUUCUAAAACCGCAGAGGCUCACUGGAUCACCACACCCAAUCAGCUCCUCCGGAUUUGGAAUGACGGGAAAAUCCUUUACACUUUGAGGCUCACCAUCAAUGCCGAGUGCCAGCUGCAGCUGCACAACUUCCCCAUGGACGAACACUCCUGCCCGCUGAUUUUCUCCAGCUAUGGCUAUCCCAAAGAAGAAAUGAUUUAUAGAUGGAGAAAAAAUUCAGUGGAGGCAGCUGACCAGAAAUCAUGGCGGCUUUAUCAGUUUGACUUCAUGGGCCUCAGAAACACCACAGAAAUCGUGACAACGUCUGCAGGUGAUUAUGUUGUCAUGACUAUAUAUUUUGAAUUGAGUAGAAGAAUGGGAUACUUCACCAUUCAGACAUACAUUCCCUGUAUACUGACUGUGGUUUUAUCCUGGGUGUCAUUUUGGAUCAAAAAAGAUGCUACGCCAGCAAGAACAGCAUUAGGCAUCACCACGGUGCUGACCAUGACCACCCUGAGCACCAUCGCCAGGAAGUCCUUGCCACGCGUGUCCUACGUGACCGCCAUGGACCUUUUUGUGACCGUGUGCUUCCUGUUUGUCUUCGCCGCGCUGAUGGAGUAUGCCACCCUCAACUACUAUUCCAGCUGUAGAAAACCAACCACCACGAAGAAGACAACAUCGUUACUACAUCCAGAUUCCUCAAGAUGGAUUCCUGAGCGAAUAAGCCUACAAGCCCCUUCCAACUAUUCCCUCCUGGACAUGAGGCCACCACCACCUGCGAUGAUCACUUUAAACAAUUCCGUUUACUGGCAGGAAUUUGAAGAUACCUGUGUCUAUGAGUGUCUGGAUGGCAAAGACUGUCAGAGCUUCUUCUGCUGCUAUGAAGAAUGUAAAUCAGGAUCCUGGAGAAAAGGGCGUAUUCACAUAGACAUCUUGGAGCUGGACUCGUACUCCCGGGUCUUUUUCCCCACGUCCUUCCUGCUCUUUAACCUGGUCUACUGGGUUGGAUACCUGUAUCUCUAAGUGUUGCUCAGAGUGAAGAGUGAAGAGCAUUUGGUACACACUUGACCUUCUGUCGUCCCCAGACCAGUAGUGACCAAUCGGGAGUAGCAAGGAAGGACACUGCUCAGUGUAUCUUGUUAUAAAUGACCUUUCAGCAACACAGGAAGUACCCAGCAAAGGUUUCUAUUAUGUAUUUUACACACACACAUACAUACACACACACAGCUAAUUGAGUUUUAAAGUAAUAUUCUUGCUAAUCCCUACUGAAUUGUAGCUUGGUGUUGUUUCUGAAUGGUUUUUGGAUAUUGGAAGCAGCUGCUGAUUACCCUUGCAAAGAAAUCUGUAAAAUGUGCAAGUGAAUGUCUGAGAUGCUCUCUCAGGCCUCUAGUCCUUCUGUAUCUUUCCUUUGCAGCCCUGGGUGUAGUAGCACUCAGUAGUGUUGAAUCACCCCUGGCCGAGACCCACUCCUGCUGGCUCAGCCUGGGCACGUGUGUGCUCCAGUGUGAACAGCAGUGGGUUCCAACCCCAGUCUCCUUUCUCUGUGGCCUCUCUGGCUCCAGCACCAUCAUCGUUAGCUGGCACCCCUUUACCUAAUAACCUCAUUCUAGGCCUGGGGAGAGUAUACUCGCAUUGUCUACGGUUUCCAUUGGAGGAGAAAAUAAGAUUUUCAAAAUGCUCAUGUUGUUGGGGUCAAAGAUGAUUAUCUCUGAACAUCAGAAGGUUAUUACUUUAUUCCAACUUACUGAGAGUCAACAAUAUUUGAACUUUGGGUUCUUGGACUAGUUCAACAACAUUUCACCUUAAGAGCUGUUUUUUACUAGACCAAGGCUCAACCCUCGAGUAUGUGUCCAGCUUAUGUUAUAUUAUUAUGGGUUCGGUAAUUGUCAUUUUGCAAAGAAAGGUAUACAGUGAACACAACCUGUUAUCUUGAAGACAUACACCAGAAUGUGAAAGACAUGUAGAUAAAAUUUUAUUUUUAUUUUUUUGAGACAGAGUCAUGCUCUUGUCACCUGGCCAGGCUGGAGUGCAGUGGCACAAUCUUAGCUCACUGCAACCUCUGCCUCCCAUGUUCAAGCGAUUUUCCUGCCUCAGUUUCCCAAGUGGCUGGGACUACAGGUGUGCGCUACCACACCCGGCUAAUUUUUGUAUUUUUGUUUUUUGGGUUUUUUUAGUAGAGACGGGUUUUCACCAUGUUGGCCUGGCUGGUCUCGAACUCCUGACCUCAGGUGAUCUGCCCACCUCAGCCUCCCAAAGUGCUAGGAUUACAGGCAUGAGCCACCAUGCCUGGCCAAAAUUUAAAAAAAAAAAAAAUUUAGCGAAUAUUAAUUUUCAACUCAAACCAACUUUAGAUGCAAAAAAAUGGGCAAUGGUGAUCAUCAAGUACAUAUUUUGAUGAACAAGAUUAUUUUAUACUUUGAAAUAUGGAUACAUAGCAAAAUCCCAAAGAAAAAAUAUCCCCCCAAAUCAAUACUCUUUUGAUAUUUUUAUAAUACAAAACCAACUUGCUGCUUGCUGUUAGUUCUUUGUUAUAACUGGAUGCCAAUGUGAACUGCAGAAGACUGUUUUGAAACUUCUCCUCACCAAUAGUCAAAACACAAGUCCUUACCAGUUAAUAAUGCUUUGGCAUUGUUAAAAUUUGAAACCAGAAUCUCUGUGCUUCUCAUCUUUCUCACAUAGAAAACUGAAUUAAUUUCACCUAGAAACCAUAAUUUUUAAAAUUAUCUAUUGUGCAUACCAUAAUUACCCAGAAAAGUAAAAUAUUUUGCAGAGAAAGUAUAGAAAAGUAUCAAUUUCACACAAUGUCCUGGAUGUAUACCAGACACAGAAGAGGAUGGGAGCAGAAGAGGCCAGAAAAAGUGAAAUUAGAUUCAUCUGCUUAUUCCUAUUAAGAUUGUUGCAUAUUAAAUGGAUGCAAAGAUAUAGAUAUAUGAUGUCUGAAUUUCCAAAGAUGGAGUCUAUACAGCGUGAGACAUUCAAACCCAUUGUUUCUCUCCCUGUCAACUCUCUGUCUUUUGGUUUGGUAGUUGCUACAUAAUCCACAAGCCAAUUGGCUUCAGUUUAGCAAAUUCAGUUUUAAAAAUAAAAGAGUAUUUGUGGAGAAACAGGUUGAAAAUAUUGUCUUAGAUGCAAUGUCUCCUCUAUUGGAGAAUUUCACACUCUGGUACUCUAGUUCUGUCUCUCAUGCAUAAGCAACCCCCAGCCUUGGCAGAAGUAUUCUGCAAGGACCCUGACCAAAGGAAUCCAAGUCACACCACAGCACUGAGCGCCAAGGGAAGGUGGCCCAAGGGCAGUCUUAAGACACAAUGUCAAACCUUAUGAAUGGGUAAUUUCUAACAAGCUGAAGAACUGCAACCUGCUACAUUGUAAAUGAAGUUCUGGAGAGAACUGAAUUUUCUAGAAAAAUUCUUAUUGGGAGGAAAAUAACCUAAAACAACUUUUUAUAACAUGGAUUUGUUUGAUUUUACCGUAAAAGAAUUUUACUGAUGCCUUGUGUUUCAAAACCACUCAACAUUUGGAUAUUGUUAGCAACCCUCCUGAAAUUUUACAUGUAGGAUAAAUACACCAAUAACCUCAGUUUUCUGAAUCCAGCCGUUCUCUUCUUCCCAACCUCAGCAGCCCUCCUGCUCAAAACAGAUGAGUUCAGUGCUCCUUUUCUAGGAAGGAGAACCUUCAUCUCAAGAAAGUCCAAUGGAUUUCACUAACUGAGCAUCAUAGUGUGGAUUCCUGCAUAUACAGCAGGCUACCCACUAGGGGGUCUGAAUAAAAAGAGCUAAAGCACCCCCUGAGGGCAUGUCCAUGCCGGGUUCUCCACAGGCUUGCAUAAUUCAAGUUCUCCGUAUCAGUCUCAACUCUGAGAUGAGCCUUUUCAGUCCACAAUGAGGAAGAGAUGGGUGUGCCUUGGUGAGGUGCAGAGCUCAGGGGAUUUUUAAUCAUGUACGUGUUUACUGUCUAGAGGAAGGAGAGGAGCAGUGUGGGGAGAGUGGGAAGGAAGUACACUUUCUUUCACUAAAGACUCUCUUUGCCAGGAUGCCUGAUCAGGAGGGACGUGUGUGGGCACGAGGUGCAAGGCUGUUCCACACAGCUAAGCCCCAGCUUGCUUUGCAUGCAGAAUUGGGAAAUAUUUGGGAUGGAAGUUGUCUGAGUGAUCUGCAUUCCAAAGGUGCUACUGUGUUCCUCACUUUCAGAAAUACUCUAAGUUGAGGAGAUGACAGUUCUGUAUUUUGACAUGGAAUCCAAAUUUCUGACCACUGUGGAUCACACUUAAAACUGUGACUGUCUGUCUUUUAAGCUGCAUACUGGGUGGGGGGAAAGCAAAGAAAAGGCAUUUCACAUUAAUGGAAUUGGAGAAAAAUGUCUCUUCAGAGCCUAGAAAGCUUCAGCUUCUGCAAAGUCCCAACACCACCUACCAGAACAGAGACUCCCUACAUACCAGACAGAGAAGGACAAAGUUAGUAUAAUUUACUCUGGACCCAGCCAAUACUGCCCCCAAUUUACCCAAAAUAUGCCUUAAAAUGAAACAGAAAGCUCAAAUAAUACACGUCUUUUAAGAUUUUCCAUUUCCUGCAGUUAGCUAUAUUUCAUGCCAAGUUUUAUUUAUCUUUUAUGAAUGGAUGGAAAUAGGAUUUCAUUUCUUUAUAUGCCAAACAGUCUUACCCUUAAUUUUACAUCAAACCAAUUAAGUACAAAGAUUUUGCAGGCUCUUUGACUGAGAAAAUGUGUGUUCUCAAGAGCAAAGCAUUUUCACGCUACAUAAGGGAAAUUGGGGCCAAUCUAAAACGUCAGCAACACAGUCCUUCUGAUGGGGAUGAGUGUCUCUAUAGAAACUGCACACCAAAUCAUUUUACCUGGUGAUAGCUUGCUGCAGUAAGUUUGCAGGCAUGUUGCUUCGUUGUUCUGCAAUAUAACCACACUCUGGAAGCAACAGGAGAGGGGCCGGUAACCCAUUCCGCAUUGACUCCAGCUCCCCAUGACUAGGAAGCAAUGAGCCACUCUAUCUAAAGGGCUAGAACACAAAACAGACAAAACCUCUUCUUCCUUGAUCAUUUUUAUCUCAGCUGCCAAAAUGGAAAUUUUCUGUGAUUUCCUUUGAGACUUGAAGAAUUACACCUGGUCUCCAACCAUUAUUCUUAUCACCUUAUCGGUUCAGUGCUCUCAAGGCACAAAGCACUUGGAAUUCACUCCAUGAUCUUGCAACUCUUUCUGAGUGCUUUUCCUGAGCGAUUUUAAACUCUACCCGUAAGAAAUUUCAUCUGCAAUUUCUGUAAAAAAAAAAAAAAAAAAAAAAAGGCUUAAGGUCCACAUAAUCUGAUGUAAAUAUACUUUGAAACAUUAAGUUCUAUUUGUACUGAAACACUGUCCACCUUUGACUUUAGAACACUAUCAUUUAACAGAUAUUCAGAAAGGUUUCGGAAAUAAGGGGGAAAGAACCAGACUACGAAUACAUUGGAAAGGUUAAAUUUACAAUAUUCUGCUGAGCCCCCUUCAAAUUUCCCAAAAUUGAGAAAGUGUGUAAUCUGUACCUAUUUUUUUUCUCAAAUUGGCCUGGAGGAAACAUUCAGGUUCGGAGAGUUCAGCAGUGCCUCUAUGUUUGUGUUCUCUGUGUAAUCACAUGAAAGAACCAACAAAUAACUCUUCAGGAUAAAUGACACCUGCAUCGCUGAUCCCUUGUUGACUUAUGUUUUAUUAUAAAAAUAGAUCUCUAUCAUUAUAGGGAUAAAACGUGUAUGUUUUGAGAUGAUUUGGUAAGAACUCAGCCAUUCAGUAUUUCUGGAAGAAUAAAAACUUGGCUUUCUUUUUCUUAAUGUCUAAUAGUUUUGAAGACUAGAUAUUAGGGCAUUUCCAUUCCUCCUUUUAAAAUUUCUACUGAUUACAAGCUAGCAAUUUCAGGAUAUCAGCUUGAUCUAGUUGUAUUAAGGCCAAAAGGCAGACUUUCUUUAUAUUUAUUUUUAUUUAUUUAUUUAUUUAUUUAUUUAUUUAUUUUGAGAUGAAGUUUUACUCUUGUUGCCCAGGCUGGAGUGCAGUGGCGCCAUCUCGGCUCACUGCAACCUCCACCUCCCGGGUUCAAGCAAUUCUCUUGCCUCAGUUUCCCGAGUAGCUGGGAUUACAGGCACCCGCCACCAUGUCUGGCUAAUUUUUUAUAUUUUUAGUAGAGAUGGGCUUUCGCCAUGUUGGCCAGGCUGGUCUCGAACUCCUGACCUUCAGGUGAUCCACCCGCCUUGGCCUCCCAAAGUACUGGGAUUACAGGCGUGAGCCACCGCGCCCAGCCUAUAUUUACUUUUUUAAUGCCACGUAGCUGAAUAAUGCUUUGGGUUUUACUGUUGUCAAUAAAACCCCUUAUACCUUUUAUUGCCCUGCUUACUUAUAAAGGCCAAAUUUUAGACGAACGUAAAUAAAUCAGUGCUGAAAAACUAGUUGAACAAUCAGUCACUGACAAGUUUUCAAUGUUUUGAGUUAACCAAGUGGGCUUUUUAGAUUAGGUUAUACAAGAGCAUGAGCUAGAAAAUAAUUAGGCAGACAAAACAUAUGUUCUCACACACACACCACUUCCAAAACGGACAUGAUUUGAAUGUAGCAUUCAGGUUAUUGAGGUGAACGUAAAUUGCUUUGCUUGAACAAUUGAGAUAAUCACCUACUUUCGCCACUUCACUUUUCACAUUUGUAAACACACACAGGGUUUUUCCAGCCCAGUGAGCAGGCUACACAAUGUGAGGAUGAUAAUGGUUCCUGCAGGGAAGCCAGAGCCUCUAUGUCUGCCGAACAGUUUAAAUUGAACAGGUUGGAAAGAACAUUGAUUGCCAAUAAUUAAAUCCCCCAGACUGAGCAGGUAGCUGCUACAUUUUCUCUUCUCUUUUCUAGUUAUUCAGGGUUCCUUCUUUGAUUUUCAUGAGAAAGGAACAUUUACACUUCCUGUGAGGGGCUUAGACUCCGAUUUCUCCCAGUUGCCUCACUUACUGAAGUUCGAUCCCGGUGAAUGAUGUGUAUGUACCCAACACAUCCAAUUUGUAUUUUCUUAAAUAUGUGUUUCUUAGCGAGCCCACAGCACAAUUAUUGCAGUCCCCAAGAUGUCAGUCUUCUCAAAAUGACAACAUUGUCACUAACCACUUUUUAAAAAAGAAUUGAAAUUCCCAUUUUUUGUUAAACGUUUUUCCAAUACAUAGCAAUGUGUAAAAUAGACUCCCAAAUCUCCUUUGGGAAAGGCACCUGUGGACCCUGGAGCUAAGUUGUCAUUUUAGGGACAUGGUGAUAAUCAGGACUGAUGCCAGUAAGUGGGAAGUUCACUACGGCAAGGCAGUGGGAAGGUGCCAGCAUCCCCUUUCCACCUGAGAUGGGCUGAAUUUUCACCCGGAAGUCUGAAGCCUCUGGAAGGGCAGGUGGAAUCGCUCCUGGCAAGGGCAUGACCGUGCACAGGCUGACAUGAUUUUCCUUUUGGGUGGACUGGAGUUUUACAACUGGAUUCAUUAGCACACGUGUGGGAACAUGUGCCUGUGCCCACCCACAGCACUUCCUUGGAACUCUAAGCUGCUUCUCUAAUCUAAGGAGGUCUAUUCGAAAGGAUAGUGCUUGACUUUCAAUUUAUAAAAGAUUAUUGGAAACACCUUAAGUAGUCCUAACCCACUGUCAGCUUCCAAUUUUCAGGAGCAAAUGAUGACUGCUUUGAUUUGGUUAGGCUUUCUUACAACAGGUUUUUAUAAAAUAUUGUUUAUAUUUGUAACAGGAAGGAUUUUCAAUGUCAAUUUCGUCAAUGAGUGAAAACCUCCCACUGCACAGAGCAGCACUUCUGUCACUCUCAUGGGGAGAUCAGGGUACCCACUCCUCUAUGUAGCUUGGCAGACCCAGUCCACCCUGAGCCAGCCUGCCACAUCCGCUAGUCCAUGCACCUCCAGGGUGGCCUUGGGAGCUACAGAGAGGAAAAAAAGAAAAAAUGUUGCAUUCUUAAGCAAUUAAAGACUCCUUCCAAUGUAAUUAAAAAAUAAGUAAUGUGGCAAAAGAUGCACAUAACUUGCUCCCUCAAGUUCUAAAUUGUCACCAAAUAUGAAAGGUUUUAGGAUGAAGUACAUCUACAUCAUAACCAUCAUCACCCUCAUUGUCCUCUUCCAUGUUUCUACUAGUACUCAGCUACUGAUUCAACACAAAGGCUUAGAGCCUUUUCUGAACUAUAACGAAAUCAGAACUUACAUCGUGGAAAAAGCGAAAAAGUUUCAUUAGAGUUUAAACGUUAAGUAUACAGAUCCUACUCCAAAAUUUUGCUCGCCUAAAACAUUUCCAGAACUGCUGUGUUCCCCAGCAGUCCUGCCUGCCCUGCCUCAAUCAGAAUUUCAAAUUACUAUUUAGAAGAACAUUCCAUUCAAUUGUUGUUUGUUGAUUGCUUUCUCUCUUUUUUUUUUCCGUUUUUACCUUGGUUGGCUAUUUUAUUCCUUUUCGUAAAGACAACGUUUGAAUUGUCUAACAACUAUCUUUUUUCACUAAAAUACAUGCAUCUUUGGAAACUGCAAAUUUUGUGAGCUCAAAAAGACAAUCACUGUGCUUCUUAUCAUCUAAUUUGAGUCUAGGCUUUGUUUCCCCCUAACUUAUCCUGGCAUUUUUACUUUGAAUAGAAAUAGUCACAGGCAAAAUAUAUUCAUGAAAUGUACAGUGCUUACUAUUAUAUGAUCUCUGUUUAGAAUAACUAUUUUAUUAAAACAGUCUAAAAGACACUGUCCAUCAUUCUUGACAUUUGAUAUGUCUAAUUUUGUGCUAGUGAACCAAGUUUACCUGCUCACACGUUUGUACAACUACACAAUGUGAUUUCCUUUACGUGCAGCUCCUGUACUGAGCAAAAGGUUCGUUGUUUAGGAGUGAAAUUUUCUGUGAAAGUUUUGGGAGAGUAAUUAUUUUCAGGGAUCAGACCUAUGUGUUGUUAGGAGCAAGAGGCCAUCUUGUGUUUACAUGCAGUGGUCUGUGUAUUUGUGUCUGUACGUACAGUGGUAAAACUGAAACAACUUAUUAAUAAUGUGUGUCACUCUACCCAUCACCCCAAAUUUAGCUGAAACAAGUAGAAAGGAGCGCAGUUUUCUAGCGAUAGCGUAUUAGCACUAAGCCUCUGGUUAGGAUAAAAAGGAGCAAGGGAGAGGGAGAAAGAGAGGACAGAGGGAGAGAGAGAAAGUGGCAAUCUGUACAUUUCCUGACAAAGUGGGAUCAUGUUCUUUCCAAGAAAAGAAAAAUCCAGCUUCACUACCUGAUCAGGAGUCCCUCUGGGGUCCACACAAGCCUGCCUCCUUUGGAGAGUCCUUGAGCAUCACUCUUGUGACCGGGGUGCACACCUGGGCGACUCCUUGAUCAUUCGUGCAUUCUGGUCAAGUUGACCCGAUAAGCCAAAAGUACUUUUCAAGAUUUAGAUGGCAAACAGCCAUCCCCACCCUUGUCUAGGAAGUCGUAUUCGCAGGUCACAGGAAGGCGUCAGGUCGGGCUUGAAGCAGCCGGGGUGUGGGCAGGGUCCUCUCUCUGUGAAGCCUGUGUGGGAGGUGAAACUGUCAGGGGUCCUGGGAGAUGGCCCAGGCAGGAAGGGAAGGAGAGAGGCGCGGACUGCUCUCUGUUCCCAUGGAAUCCUUCCUGCCUGUGAAGCCAUUGUCCUCCAGAUGGGAGGUAGGCCGGGAGAUUCCAGAAUCCGAAAACAUUUUGGAAUCAUCUUAGAGCACCGGUGUGGAUGCGCUUGGCCCCGAGAGGGCCGCGCCCUGCCCCAGUGCGUGCGCCUCCUGCCCCAGCAGGGUCCCCGCCCUCACCAAGUGGCCUCCAGUAGCCCCUGUGUCCCUGUCGUCCCACGAGGGAUUGGAGGCCCUGGCUCCGGGCGGUCCCGAGGUCCCGCCGCCCUCCUCCCCUCCGCAGAGGACGUGGCUCCCCGCUAUCCGUGCGACUCGUGGUGUCCUAGUGAAAUGAGGGCGCACCGGCGCCCGACGUGCCUUGGCGACACGGGCGGCGCCGCGCCCCGCUUCGUGCGUCCCGUCCCCGCCGCGCCCUCAGCUGGGCCUCGUGGCUGGGCCGCCCUCUGUAUUUGUAUUUGGAUUCCUACGUUUGUACUUCUAAUACAAAUAAAUGCACAUGUUGUCAGAAA